CCGUAGCCGCGCAGGCGCAGUCGCAAGACAAAAACACGCAGGCAAGUUGUGUCGCAGCCAGAGAUGCUGAGACAGAGUAGUCUCUGGCGCCUGUGGCCGCGGCCUCUGGGGGCCGGGGUCCUGGCAGCGAACCUUGGCGGCAGAGAAGUCUCUUCCGGUGUAUCGCCUCAUGGCAAUACCUCGCCCGGAGUCCUGAAUAUCUUCGACCGGAAUUUGAAGAGAAAACAGAAGAACUGGGCGGCCCAGCAGCCCGAACCAAUGAAAUUUGACUACCUGAGGGAGGAGGUUGGAAAUCGGAUUGCGGACCGUAUAUAUGACAUAGCCAGAGAUUUCACCCUGGCUUUGGAUGUUGGUUGUGGAAGAGGUUACAUAGCACAGCAUUUGAGUAAGGAAACUAUUGGAAAAUUUUUCCAGACAGAUAUUGCAGAAAAUGCUUUGAAAAAUUCCUUAGAAACAGAAAUUCCUACUGUCAGUGUUUUAGCUGAUGAAGAAUUCCUUCCCUUCCGAGAAAAUACAUUUGACCUGGUGGUAAGCAGUUUAAGUUUGCACUGGGUGAAUGACCUUCCUAGAGCACUUGAACAGAUUCAUUAUGUUUUAAAACCAAAUGGAGUUUUUGUUGGUGCAAUGUUUGGAGGUGACACACUGUAUGAACUUCGGUGUUCAUUGCAGUUAGCCGAAACAGAAAGGGAAGGAGGAUUUUCUCCACACAUUUCUCCUUUCACUGCUGUCAAUGACCUGGGACAUCUGCUUGGGAGAGCUGGCUUUAAUACCCUGACUGUGGACACUGAUGAAAUUCAAGUUAACUAUCCUGGGAUGUUUGAAUUGAUGGAAGACUUACAAGGUAUGGGUGAGAGUAACUGUUCAUGGAAUAGGAAAGCCCUGCUACACAGAAACACAAUGCUGGCAGCUGCAGCAGUUUACAGAGAAAUGUACAAAAAUGAAGAUGGUUCAGUACCUGCCACAUACCAGAUCUAUUACAUGAUAGGAUGGAAAUAUCAUGAUUCUCAGGCAAGACCAGCUGAAAGAGGUUCUGCAACUGUUUCAUUUGGAGAACUAGGAAAAUUAAACAAUCUUAUGUCUCAGGGGGAAAAGUCACAAUAAGCAUUCUAUUCAAUGUUAUAUAUAGUCCAGAAUUUUCAUCAGAAAUCGAUUAUUUUCACAUAGAAAAUUAUUACAUUUUGAAACAAGGAGCAAUCUAUAAAUCAUUUACUAGCAGACUUUUCAAGUAAUUAGAAUAACUUAAUACCACAUCUAUAUUUAUUAAGCAUUGCAGGAUCACAUUGUUUCUAUUUUCAUAAGGAUGCCAGUAUAAUGAUCUGGGUGUCCUUUUUGCAUAUUCAACCUAACAGAAAGAAAAUGUUUUCCUUGAAAACCCCCAAAUAUAUUCCUAUAUAUAAAUGUCUGACUUGAUAGGAAAACAUUGCUCAUGCUGACUUUUUAUACCUUGUUCUCCUCUGGUCUUUUGUUAUUUCUGUGGGAGGACCAUACCCAUGGAAAUGAGAGGAAGAACAUGAGAGGCCCUUUAAAGUUCUAGCCCAUGUAGAAUGAAAACAGACUUUUGUCAUGACUGCUAUAAAAUACUUAAGCCAAAAUUAUUUAUCAGACUAUUUUCUUUGCCUCAAAGAGAAACAGGAUUAUGUUCCCUCUUAAGACCUGCUGUAUAAUAUUGAACUUUAGCAGAGCAUGUAUUUUUCUUGAGUCCCUCCUCGCCCUUUUCCCCCUUUUUAAAAGCAUGUGAAUUCUAAUCUUUCUUCAUUUUCACCUCCAUGGUCUGGGUUGAACCACCAUGAUUUUAUACCCCACCCUACCUUAGGAAAGAAGAAAACAUCUUAAAAAGUUAUAGAGGCUAAAACACUUAUAUAAAAGUCUCUUCACAGGGCUGGAGUUGUGGCUCAGUGUAGAACACUCACCUAGCAUGCACGAGGCCCUGGGUUCAAUCCUCAGUACCACAUAAAAAAUAAAAAAUAAAGGUGUUGUGUCUACCUACAACUAAAAAACAAUUUUUUUAAAAAAGUUUGUACAUAGUGAUUAAAUGAGCUGUUAUCGUUAGACUCUUCCUUUGUAAUUUCAGUCCUUUAGUACUACCAUGCUAAUUCAAGUUCACUGACCAUUGUCAUUUAAGGUUCAGAAAUAUUUGGAAACAGUCAAGCUCCACAUCUUACAAUUAGUGGGAAGAAGAUAGCGAUAAAAAGAGGAAACAAGGGGGAAGCUGGGGAAUAAACGAGUGAGUGCCAAGUCUAUUUUCUCUAGUCAGUGACAAGCUAUAUUGCUGGUCCCAGUCUUCUCUUCAGCCUUAGGUAAUUUAUUAUACCGUUUACUUCUUUCUUUCAGUCUCUCUCCCACUUGCUUACCCUCUCUCUGCCAAUGAAGUGCCAGGCUCUUCAUGAGUGUACAAAAUUACUAAUUUGCACAUAGUAGAUAUUCACAUUUUGAAUUGAAUUAAAUUACAUGAAAAACAUGCUUUUCCAAAGCCUAAAUUAUAGUUAAAAGCCAAAGUUUUGUAGGAGAAAAAUUUGAGGGAAAUGAGUGAUAUUUAGAAUUGUCAUGUUUUUGAUAGCUCAUUUUAUAUAUUUAUUUUUUAACCCAAAAUGAAAGAAAGUACUUAAGAAGUAGAAUUUGGGUUUUUUUGUUUUUUUGUAUUAUUUGUUUUUUUAGCUUAAUUUUUGGAAUUUGAAGAAAACAACAACAAAAACCCAGGUAUUAAAAUGAAACUGAAGAUUGAAAGAUACAUACAUUCUAGACACUUAUGUUUCCAAAAGUACACAAGUUGACAUACUUUAAUUUUUGUUUUUGAAGAAUGCAUACAAAACUGUUAAGUCAUUAUUUCUGAGGAACUAGAUUGUCUGUGUCAGUCAUUCUGUUUGAAUGUUUGUCAGGGCUGUCAGGGGUGGGCAAAACUAGGAGCAACACUUAUAUCUGUUAUAGUUUUAUCUUUCUGUAAAUUUGGGUUUUUUUGUUCUUUUGUUUUUCACCAGGGAUAUUAGUUUUGUUUGUUUAAUAGCAAUAGGGUAUAUGUGGACCGUGAGGUGCGACUAGGGAGGAAUCUACUCUAGGCUGUCUCAAAAGUAAGCUCCAUUAGUUUGGAAAAAUAAAAUAAUUAACUAACUGAGGACUCUUAUUGUUUAAUGUGAGUGGCUCUGAUGAAAUUAUUUUAAUGUGAGUGACAGGUAAAAUUUUUUUACUUAAUAGCUACUUAAAGUAUUUGAUCAAGCUUUAAUUGUUUGGAACUUGAGGAAAUCGAUUUUUCUGAAUAGGGAUUUUUUUCCCAAAUAAUUAAGAGUUCUUCCUUUUAAGCAACAAAAUAUCUUUUCAAAAACUUUUCUAAAACUUGUUACAUUUUUAUAUGGCAUAUGGAAAAUAAACUUUUCUUAAUAACCCCACAAUUAUUAUCAUAAACUCAAGUUGUAUUUUAUUGCUUUUUUCCCAAACUGUCUGGCCCUAAUAAUAAUUUGGUUUGUUUUGUGUGUCUGUUCCAUAUACUUCUUAUUUGCUGUCAGUUGUCAAAUCUUAGCAGUUUAAACAAUGAACUUAAUUGAAUCAGUUUUUGCCCCUUCUGAUCUGUUUUAAGAUUAGAUAAUUCAGGCUGGGCAUGGUCAUGCACACCUGUAAUCUCAGUGACUCAAGAGCAGCCUGGGCAACUUAGCAAGAUGCUUUCUCAAAAAAAAAAAAAAAAAGAAAAGAAAAAGAAAGAAAGAAAGGAAAAGAAAAUGGAAAUGAAUUGGUGGUAGAGCACCCUUGGGUUCAAUCCCCAGUGCCACAAAAAGAAGAAAAAAAUAGAAUUCAUGUUGGAAUGUUUCUAGGACUUGUGUUUAUGGUUUUCACUCUAACUACAGAAGGACUACAGUAUAUGGUAACUAUGAUAUCUGUUGAAUGCUAGGAGGCUUUCUGGAUUGUUUCCUGGUUCUUAGCAGCAUUCUGGGUUGUUGGCCUAGAGAAUUCCAGAUGUAGCAAUAUAUAUGAAAAUUAAAUUUGUAAAACAGAUUGUUUGCUUUAUGGAAAGAAUAUAGGAAUUGCUGAGAUAGAAGCUACCCUUAUACAUCAAGUAUGUAUUAUGAUUAUAAGAAGUUACAAGUGUGUUAUUCAUAAAGCAUCUGUGAAGUAAGUUUGUUUUUUUUCCAAACCCGUUUAGUACCAUUUUUAUCCACUAGGUGGAAACAACUACAGUAUGGACUGUAAUGAAGACUUUGUGUUACAAUUUUUAUACUGAUUUAUGUAGGACUAGAAUGAAAGUAUUUACCAUGGAUUGGCUUCUGUUUAGGAAAGAAAUGAAUACGCAUGUUUGUAAAAGAGAAAGAUAUUUGAAACAGUAUUAUUUUAUUCCUUUGUAAAUUAUUAGUAGCUUCUCUUGCCUAAAAAAUGUUUCGAACUCUUGAGGGGCCAAGGAAGAAUUUUCUUCUUGUUGUUAAUGAAGUUUAGUUUCAGGAAACCCAUCAUAAGUGAAGCUGAACUUCCAUAAAUUGGUAUAUUUUUAAUUCUCUUCUUAGAUACUUUAUAGAUAAAUCUUGGUAGUUUAAAAAAACAUUAAUUUGAAAAUAAGGGGCCCUGGACCCUGGUAAGUUUAUUAACAAAUGAGAAAAUAAUGCUUUGCUAUCUCUGGUGUUUAAAAAUCUAUCCACAAAUCUUUUGAUGUGCUUCUCUUUUGAAAAAGAAAAAGUGGGGCUUUGUUCCUGUCCCUUUGAGUUUAGGAAUCUAGUGACUCUCUUCUAGUGACUAGAUUAUGGAAGUAAGAAUGCAUCACUUUCAAGACUCAGUAAUAAAAGGCAUUGCUUCCUCCUUGCU